AUGGGGACCUUGAGCUCCAAGGUUUGGUACAAAAGAGACGCCCGGGUGGUGAUGCUGGGACUGGAUUUUGCGGGCAAAUCCACCAUCUUGUCUAAAUUGAAGAGCAACGAGCUUGUGGAGACUUUCCCGACAGUGGGCUUCAAUGUGGAGUCCCUGAAAACCCCAUGUCAUCUCCCCUUGACUCUCUGGGAUGUGGGUGGUCAAGACAAGCUCCGCGCUAGCUGGAAGGACUAUCUGGAAGACACGGACGCUCUCAUCUUUGUGCUGGACAGUGCCGACAAAACCCGGCUGCCAGAGGCAAUGGCUGAAUUGGAGAAAGUUCUGAACAAUGUACACAUGACUGGGGUUCCAGUCUUGCUUCUGGCCAACAAGCAGGAGCUGCCAAAUUCCCUUUCUCUCUCAGAGCUGCAGGAGAAGCUGAAUCUGGAAUGGUUCAGUGGCCGAAGCUGGGAGCUGAGAGGGUGCAGUGCUCACACUGGCGAGGGGUUGAGGGAAGCCUUAAUGGUCCUGGCAGGACUUCUUAAGAGCCGGGAUAAGAAUUCCCCUGAAUGCGUCUGUGCGCCACUGCAGUGAUGAGGACAUCUUUAAGCUCGGACGUGACUAGAGGGGUCAACUUGAGCAUGAAACUGGAAAAUCAGGUAACUUCCUCCACUAGUAAUCCCUCAGCACUCUGUUCAUCUCAGAAAUAACCAUACCAGGAGCAGAGGAGGUAACGGAACUCCAUAUGGCAUGUGUAAUAUUCCAAAAUAUCCCAUAGUUCUACUGCACCAUGAAAUCACAUCAGAAAACCCCCUUAGCAAAGCUGCAUUUGUGGACAGCAAUGUUCUUGACCUUGCCUUGCCAGUUUUUCCUAAUCUGCUGUACCAGUAAACUCGGCUCUCACUACAGGUAUUACUCGGGUGACAUUUAUUAUUUUGUUCAUGUUAAAUGUCUUACUCUAUGCGUUCUGGAUACGAGUUUUGACCUGAUGAAGAAGAUAUUGCUGGGUGUCAGUCUUUAUUUUUAUUCCUCUAAGCUCAGAUGCACUCAGUACAGAGUAAAAGUCCCCGAAGGGAUAUAUUUGAAUGACCUCAGUUCCACUUCUCUUACAAUUUAUAGCAGAUGUUUGUUGAUCUGAAACAGAGCAGAAUGGAAAGAGAAUGGCUGAACAAAAGAAAUUAAGCACAAGAAUUUAAACAACUAAUUGGCAAUCGGUUUUAGCAGUGUCCUUUGUGAGCAUCAUGCUAGGCCACUGAAGCGUGAUCAAGAUUAGGUUGUGUGUUAUGUUUUUAGAACGUCUGUGUGGAUUUGUGCGUAUCCUGUUUUGUAUAAUUUUUGACAUGUAUUUAGACAUGCUUCAUUUUUAUUGAAACAAGACUAUAAAUGAUAAACAUUUUGUCCUUGGGUUAAUUUAAAACCUGAGGAAAUCAAACAGGAAUGAGCACCAUGAUGAGUUUUAAAUGCUAGGAACAGAUGUAUGCACACCAGAGCUCUAAUCUGUCUCAAAAUAUCCUGAUGCUGAAAUCUAUUAGAUGGUGGACUAGUCUGACAAGAGGAGUGCUAGGAGAUCUGUCUAUUGGGUGUUUUAAAAUUAGACUAGAUAAAACACUAAAAAUGCACUGUAGAAAAGGCAGGGUGAUAGUCUAGACUAGAGGACCUUAACUUCUGCUGUUUUCAGUUGGAGUUGAAGUACUCAGCAGCUGUCAGGUAGUGCUGGGCACAUUUCAGGAUCAGGCCCCUGCUAUGUAGUGAAAGUCUCUAUUUGAUUCCAUUGACUCUUACACUGAAGAGUACUA